CAGGAAUUUCAGCUUUAGGCGAUUCACCCACGACAACUUUCAGUAUCUCCCCCUGAACAGAGUGACACUACAGUGUACGGGAUCACUGCUAUGAGCACAUAUAUGGUAGAACUGGAACUGGACAAAGAAUCCGCGGUACAAAGGUUACGUUGCAGCCUCAGCACGUCAACUCACUUUAUGUAGAUAAGGUAUCGAUUCCGGUCAUCCAUUCAGGCUGUACACAAGACCAAUAUGAGCUGACCAUGGAGGAUGUGGGACUGAUUUGAGGACCAGUAGGACAUACGUUUCAACAAUGGGAAGUCAGAGGAACGGUUUCAAGAAGGAAUGCUUCAUUUUGUCAGUGGACGUUGGGACAACAACAAUCAGAUGUCACGUCUAUGACAAGGAGGCAAAUGUCCGAGGAUCAUGCUCCACCAAGGUUGUUCCCUUGUAUCCAGAAGUAGGACAUGUGGAGAUGGACCCAGAUGCAAUUUGGGAAGGUUUUAUCACUGUGGUCAAAGGAGCUGUGCGAGAUGCAGGAAUACAAAUGCGUCAGAUAGGUGCCUUGGGCAUCUCCACUCAACGAGGCACCUUCACAACAUGGGACAGGAAAACUGGGGUUCCUUUCCAUAACUUCAUCAGCUGGCAGGAUCAGAGGGCUGCAGACCUGGUGAAAUCCUGGAACAGAUCCUGCACAAUGAAAGCAAUCAAGGGCAUUAUGAAGGUGCUCUACUUCCUGACCAGGCAGAAGCGGGUGCUUGCAGCAAGUCUUAUUGUCUUCUGCACUCAACAUGUCACCUUCCGCCUCGUCUGGGCCCUAACACACUACAAACAGGUUCUUCAAGCAGCAGCUGAAGGCAACUGCUGCUUUGGAACAACAGACACCUGGCUCCUGUUCAAACUCACGAAAGGGCGGGUUCACGCCACAGACUACUCGAAUGCCAGUUCAACAGGAAUCUUCGACACUUACCAGAUGUGCUGGAGUGGCUUUCUCAGCUCUCUUCUUUCUCUGCCGCUCUCUAUUUUCCCCAAAGUAGAAAAUACAGACCAUGACUUUGGUUCCACAGACCCGUCCAUCUUAGGAGUGUCCAUUCCCAUCAUGUCAGUGAUGGCGGACCAGCAGGCAGCCAUGUUUGGAGAGUGCUGCUUCAACGUCGGUGAUGUCAAGAUCACUAUGGGAACGGGCACCUUCAUGGACAUCAACACCGGGAACAAACCGCAUACGUCCAGAGCGGGUCUGUAUCCUGUGGUGGGUUGGAAGAUUGGCUCAGAGGUGGUGUAUCUGGCAGAGGGCAAUGCAGCCGACACCGGCACUGCAAUCAAAUGGGCUCAGGAGCUCGAGCUCUUCUCUGACGUCCAGGAGACCAGCGACAUGGCUUACAGUGUCAGCGACUCGGACGGAGUGUGUUUUGUUCCUUCCUUCAGUGGCCUGCAGGCUCCUCAUAAUGAUCCCAAAGCGUGUGCCUCCCUCAUGGGCCUCAAACCUUCUACCACUAAAAGUCAUCUGGUCCGAGCCAUUCUGGAGUCUAUCGCCUUUCGGAACAAGCAGCUAUAUGAGUUAAUGCUGAGAGAAACUUGCAUUCCCAUCACAAAGAUCAGGGUGGAUGGCGGUGUUUCCUCCAACGACUUUAUCGUGCAGCUGACUGCAGACCUGUUUGGCAGAAAGGUAGCGAGACCCCAACACUACGAGAUGUCGUGUUUAGGGGCUGCUUUUCUCGCUGGACUUGGAAUGGGCUUCUGGAGGACCAGGGAAGAGCUGAACAAGCUGCAGAGCACCGAAAAGACGUUUUUGCCACAAGGGGCACCCAAGGGCGGUGCUUGCAGCCCGAGUCGGGAAUACAUCCCUGCCCUCCAUAGCUGGGAGAGAGCUCUCCGGCGCUCCAUGAAUUGGUACAAGCCUUGAGACCGGAGGGACACACGGGGAGAUCCUAGGUUUGACAGAGACAUGAGUUUUUGGUUCACAGCCUUGAAUUGUUGUCCACAUACAGACUACCUUUUACUUGAUUUCUUCAUGCCAUAGCGUCCUCGUCCUUCCUUCAAUCCACAUCUCAAGGCACUGGUGCCUCAUCUUAUUACAGUAUGUUAUCCAGCCGGGAUAAUAUUUGUACAUGUUCCCACACGGGGGCACUAAUGACUGGCUUCAUUUAUGAACCGCCAUAGUAACCGCAUGCCACAUGAUAUGAAGGACAUUGAUUACCUUAACUGAUCCACUGUUAGAAAAAAAGAGAUAAAGAGCUCUCUAAAUAAGAAGCAGAAUUUCAGCAUAAAUAAUGUUAGUAUUUGUCUUUUUAACAUAGUUGUAUCUUCUUAAAUUAACAGUAUUUUCUCUUUGUUAUUUGAAGAAAAUAUUUGUCCUCUAGAGAAAACAUAUAGUCACACAUGUCGCCUUUUGGAAAUCUGGAGCAGCUUCAUUUUUAUAAUCAUAUAUUUUAGCUGCAGGCUACACAGCCCUCAUCCUCAAACACAAUCAUGAAAUGUGAGGAUGUUGUUUAAAUGUGACUGGAACAUGAACUAAUAGCAUAUAUGCUUCGACCUGUGUCAGGGAAUCCUACUGGAUUUUAGUAUUUUAGCACCAUGUUGUCGGAAAUGCUUAUUGGCGCGUUCCUCACAUCUCCAUUGGAAAUAACUAGAAAAGUGUGUUUGUUUAAGUUGACUGUGAGAGGGAUUCGUUUAGGUAUGUGGGGAUUUGAAGAUUAAGCCUUUCUGUUAUAGCUGUCGUGUGGUUUGUGUCCGCUUACACAUAAAUUACAGAUUUUGCAUGUUCUGUUUAGAUCAAGUUGAUCAGGGAUAUAAAUAUGUACUGAACUGGCAUUAAACACAAUAAGAGAACAUGAAAAUCUGUAUUUCUUUUCAAUCCAUGUUUUGUAAUAAUUUCAGUUAUGAGUUUGUUAAUUGAAUUGUUCAAUAGUGUACAGCCUUGUUUAUGUCAUAUGAUAAUAUUUUUACUCGUCUUUUACAUGACCUGAUGAACUCUGAUGACAAAGAUACGAAUUGUAAUCAUGUUAUAAGAAAAUGCUAACAAAUUACUAGGAAAAUGUAAACUGUGAAUGUUGUUCUAGAUGUAUUCUAAUUUCUGGGUAUUGGUCAAUGUUUUUGCCUUUCCCAAUACUGUAAUAUCUUUUGUUUCUUAUGCAACGUGAUCUUAUGCAUAAUGCAAAAAUUAACACCUCAGAUGGAAUCGACAUUCCAUUUCUAACACUUGUACUUCGUUCAGUUGUUGAAUGGCAGAUGUCGUCCCCGAGCUGCUGGGACAGAACAAAUGAUACAUUUGUGUAAUCAAAAAUGUUUGUAAGUUUUUUGUAUGAUGUUGAAGAGCUAGUAUUAAAAAACCCGUAAAUGA